CCCACCUCCUUUAAUGCCCCUUCCCAUUUGGGCCGUGUUUGUCGCCACACACAAUUCGGAGUAUUUCUUUUGUCACACACUGCUACCUCAUAUUUAGCAGCAAGCGAUAGUUCAGAUUUUGUGCGAAUGAGCAAAACCCAUUAAUCAUAUGCGUUCAAUUCCGCCAUUGAUGCCAAAGAUCUGAGCUUUUAGCUCGAUGCCCCAGCCCCGAAAGUGGUAUCAAGAAAACAAGAAAACAAAAAGAGUCCCCCAAUUUUUGUUCUUGAGCAAAUCGAGGUGAAAAAGAUUCAAGAAUUAUGCAUGGGCUCAGCCGCCUGAGCAACGGCGUGAGCUCGAGCUCCCUAUCUCCGCCGUCCUCCCCCCGCCACCGCGGGGGCCGCGUGAAGAGCCCAAGCUCCGCCCCCGCCGCCGUCGGCUACGGCGGCGUCGCGGCGGGGGGCUUCCGCGGCGGCGGGAGGGCGGAGCUGAAGAAUGCGGUGGAGAGGUUUGGGUGUUUGCUGAUCUCAGCACUGUAUAGAAGAAGAGGAGUGCUUAUGUUUGCUCCUCUGCUUUACAUCUCUGGGAUUCUUAUGUAUAUGGGCACAAUGGGGUUUAAUGCUGUGGAUAAGGGUGGUGGUGCAGUUGCAGAUGCCGUCGGGCCGGGCUCCGUCUACCGGAGCCCGCAGGUCUUCGAGAAGCUGUGGCCCUUCAUGGAGGCUGAGAGCAACCGGAGCUCUAAUAUGUUAUUGAAUGUUUGGAAUCCAAAGCUGCGUCAGGGUUGGAAGCCUUGUAUUAAGCAGACUGUUUCUCAAUCAGGCUUCUCAGAGUUGCCACCGUCAAAUGGCUUCCUAAUUAUUGAAGCCAACGGGGGUCUAAACCAACAAAGACUAUCGAUAUGUGAUGCGGUGGCAGUGGCGGGUUUGCUGAAUGCUACACUUGUCAUUCCCAUCUUUCAUUUAAAUAGUGUUUGGCGAGAUUCCAGCAAGUUUGGUGAUAUUUUUGACGAGGACUUCUUCAUAUACGCGCUCAGAAAUCACGUUAAUGUUAUUCGACAGCUUCCAGAAGACGUACUCCAGCAAUUCGAUAACAAUAUUAGCAACAUCGUAAAUUUGAGAGUGAAGGCGUGGUCAAGCCCCAAGUACUAUCUGGAAAGGGUUCUUCCGAAGCUGGUUGAGUUGAAGGCUGUCCGCAUUGCGCCUUUCUCUAACAGAUUGGCUCAUGCAGUUCCUCCGUACAUCCAAGGGCUUCGGUGCCUGUGCAAUUUCGAGGCACUCAGAUUUUCAGGACCCAUACGGAUGCUAGCUGCGAAGAUGGUUGAUCAAAUGGUGAAAACCAGUUCGAAAAGUGGAGGGAGAUACGUGUCGGUGCAUCUUCGAUUUGAAGAGGAUAUGGUUGCUUUCUCAUGCUGCAAAUAUGAUGGGGGUGAGGAAGAAAAGCGCGACAUGGAUAUCGUUCGAGAGAGAAGUUGGAGGGGGAAAUUUCGACGGAGAGGUAGAGUGAUAAGACCGGGUGCCAAUCGUGUCGAUGGGAAGUGCCCUUUAACACCAUUGGAGGUCGGGAUGAUGCUUAGAGGCAUGGGAUUCGAUAACACAACAUCUCUGUAUGUCGCUGCUGGAAAAAUAUACAAAGUGGAAAAGCAUAUGUCUCCUCUAAAACAGAUGUUUCCGGGUUUGGAAACGAAGGAUACGCUGGCCUCCUCCGAAGAACUUGCUCCUUUCGUGGGCCAUUCGUCAAGGCUGGCAGCUCUGGACUACACGGUUUGCCUCCAUAGUGAAGUUUUCGUCACAACUCAGGGAGGUAAUUUCCCGCAUUUCUUGGUCGGCCACAGACGCUACUUCUAUGAAGGACACGCAAAGACAAUAAAGCCGGAUAAGAGGAAGUUAGCUCAACUGUUUGAUAGCCCCAACAUCAGAUGGCAAGAUUUCAGACACCAACUACACGACAUGCUUCGCCACAAUGAUGUGAAGGGCAGCGAGGUGAGGAAGCCGAGCAGCUCUAUCUACAUGCACCCGAUGCCAGAUUGCAUGUGUCGGAGAUCCGAGGUUAGAGCCGAAUACAGCAACACGACGAGGUCUGUUUAGUCGAGCACACACACACACACUAAUCCCACAUAAAUUGUAACAUUUCAUAUAGCAUAGUUGUAACAUUUGAUAUAGAGCAUCAUUCAUCACUAGUAUCAAUAUAUACAUACACAUAUAUAUAUAUAUACAUCUAUUCUUUCCCUUGAAAUGGCUUAUGUGAUUUUGAAAUA